GAUGGUUCUACAGCUCUAAGAAUUAUAGUCUUGUAAAAGUUUAUUCAAUAAAUCACUCGCUCAGAUCAUUCCGUCUAAUUGAUAUUCCCCAUUGCAAGCCGAGGCACUCCCCUUUUUGUGUGAGGGAAAAUCUCCCUCAGUCGCAUCCAGAGCCGACCUAGCUGAAGCGAGAUAUCAGCGACUUGAACUAGCGGGCGGCUGCACCAUCACACCGCUUCAUAUCAGCGACCUGUGCUUUAGUCUCAAACCGUUACAACACGUUACCUGGAUUUUAUUUUGUAAACUUACUACAACUAAUGUGAGAGUGUGGCAAAGAAUACUGGAAUCUCAGACAAAAGAGAUGGGAGCCUUUGGGGUGAUAGUAGGGACAUUACAUUACAUGGGACUCUACAUCCAACUUACUGCCGCCACAAGGCAAGGUGGACACGCAGAGGUAGAGAACCACAUCUCCGGGAACGCUGUGUUCACAGAGGUCCCCCAUGACAUCACAGCACAGAGUGGUCAGGACGUGGAGAUGGCGUGCUCUUUCCGGGGGGCAGGCCCCUCCUACUCCCUGGAGAUCCAGUGGUGGUACAUCAGGAACCACAGAGACUGGACAGAGAAACAGCCCUGGACCACCAAUCAGGUUGUACCCCAGGGUGAGAUGUCAAAGGAUGCUACCAAAAUAAGUGUGGUGAAGGUUGCCGGGAGCAACAUCUCCCACAAGCUGCGUCUGUCUUGCGUGAAGCCGUCUGAUGAGGGCACGUACGAGUGCCGCGUGAUCGACUUCAGCGACACUGACAGCUACGCCCGCCACCACAAGGUGAGGGCCUACCUUCAGGUGGAGUCAGACAGAAACCAGAACCCAAAGCUGCGCCACCAUGGGGACAACUUCCAACCCCAGGACACCAAGGGCCUGGCGAGCAGCGGGCACCAGCCGGAGCAUGGCAAGCACUCGCCAGCAGCCCACCACAGCAACCACAAACCAACAGGCACUGGCAGGGAGCUGAGGAAGAGGUCUGCUGAGGCUGACAGCGCUACUGACUGCACUGACAGCUGUCCUCUACACCUCACAGCUCACCCAUAGCCUCCUCUGCCUUUUUCGGUCUGGCCUCAGCCCCACACCCCAGGUGGGUAGUUCCAGUCCCGGAGGGCCGCAGCGCAGUGUACGCAGACCUCUGAUCCAUCCCAGUUGAUUGCUCACCCACCCCUACCCCUGCUCCAGACACCAAAGGGACUAUAUCUCAGUGCCACCUCAGUCCUAUAUCUCUGCCCUCUGCCCUCACACUGUCCCAUCAAAAACAUCCCAAGUCCUCUCCCAGGCCAAACCCUCUCCCAUCCCUUCUCUUUACCACAACCCUCUAGAUCAGGGAUGGGCAACAUUGAUGGGGAUGGGGGCCCCAAAAAAUCUGAACUCAUCAUGAGGGGCCACAGUGGCUCACGGGUCUGUGCACCCACAUCCAUACCUACAGUGAGGGAAAAAAGUAUUUGAUCCCCUGCUGAUUUUGUACGUUUGCCCACUGACAAAGAC